AACCAGAUCGACGAUUCUUUCGUGCUCGGUGCAGAGUCUCGAAUUCCAGUACACCUUGGAGAAGUCAAACUCGAAGAUAACUUAUCGCAACUGAUCGAAGAAACUCGCGUGCAAAUGUUGAAGGAAAAGUAAUUUCAAACAGAUUUGUUGUAUUGGUUGCAUACUCGGAAUUUCCUACAUCUGUCAGUUGAUUUGACAACCAGACGUGCAGUCGCUUUUGUGUUUAUGUUUGAUUGGAGAGGAAGAGUUGAGAGCAGAUAUUGUGGAAAAUGUGGAAGGCCGCAGCAGGAACACAGAUGAAUCUGAGCAAUCAGCAACAACAAGAGGAGGAUGACGACGAUUGGGAGACCGAUCCGGAUUUCGUGAACGAUGUGAGCGAGCAGGAGCAGAGAUGGGGUUCAACAACGAUAGAGGGUUCUGGCAGGACCGCUGGUGCCAUAGACAUGAACAAGCUGAGGAAGGAGACAGAGGAAUCUGACUCAAUUAAGAAGAAGAAGGCUCUGAGUGAGGGCCCGAACGCUUCGUUUGGCUACGGCGGAAAGUUUGGUGUAGAGAAGGAUCGUAUGGAUAAGUCGGCGUUGGGGCACGAUCACGUCGAGAAGUUGCAGAAACAUGCAAGUCAAAAGGAUUACAGCACCGGAUUUGGUGGUAAAUUCGGCGUGCAGACGGAUCGCGUUGAUAAGAGCGCUGUCAGUUGGGAUCACAAGGAGAAGCUGGAGAAGCACGCCUCGCAGAAGGACUAUGCGACCGGAUUCGGUGGGAAGUUUGGUGUUCAAUCUGAUAGACAGGACAAGUCUGCAAUGGGUUGGGAUCACUUGGAGAAAGUGGACAAGCAUGAGUCACAAAAGGAUUAUAGCGUAGGAUUUGGUGGAAAGUUCGGUGUGCAGGCAGACAGGCAAGAUAAGUCCGCAGUGGGAUGGGAUCAUCACGAGGCGCCGCAGAAGCACGAGAGCCAAACCGAUCACAAGAUCGGUUUCGGAGGAAAGUUUGGAGUGCAGACGGAUCGGAUGGACAAGUCUGCGGUGAACUUUGGCGAUGAACCGGAUAAGGUGGGCACCACCUACGACAAGGUUAAGCCGGACAUUGGAUCCGCCAAGCCGUCGGAGAUGAGGGCCAAAUUCGAGACGAUGAGCUCUCAAGAGGACGGUUGCAGUAAAAAACCAGCGUCGGUGACGAGCAGUCCGGCUCCUCGCAAGAACUUGCACGCCAAAGCAGCGAUGUUCGUGAACAAACCGGAUGCUGAAACAGCAUCCCCUGUACCUGAAAGGGCGGCACCCAAGCAACUGGACCAAUCGAAGAUUGCAUUCUUGCAACAGCAAAAUUUGGAGCAGACGUCGACAUCGACGACGACGACGACUAGUGGCGUGAACAAAACGCCCGGACAAUUGGACAAAUCCAAAUUGAGCCAAUUCAACGACAUGCAAAGCAACGAAUCAGCAGCGUCCCUACACACCACUACCACUACCAAUGAGAACACCGUAUCAGUCGCCGCCUCGAAGAUCAAGGAGGAAAUGGAACAAAUAAGACAGCUGCAGAAAAUGCAGGAACCGGACGACGAUGAACCGGAGAUCGAGGAGAUUUACGAGAAUAUUAAUGUUCCGGCCGAGAGUAAGAACGAAGUUGUCGACGAACCGAUUGCUGCUGCCGUUGCUGCUCCUCCGUCUGCAGCUGCCGAAGUCCUACAGGAGGAGGAAAUCGUGGAUACGGGAAUAACGGCCGUUGCUCUGUACGAUUAUCAGGCAGGCGCCGAAGAUGAGAUCUCCUUUGACCCAGAGGACAUCAUCACUCACGUCGAAAUGAUCGACGAGGGAUGGUGGAGGGGCAUGUGCAAAGGACGUUACGGACUCUUCCCGGCAAACUACGUGCAGAAACAAGAUACUAAAUAACAUAUUUUAUACAUACAUAUAUAUCUAUAUUUAUACUGCGUAUAUUUUAUAUUCACUUUUAUUUUGUCGGGCAAACUCAAAGCCCCAAUUUUAUUAUCAUGUACUUAACGUUUUACGACGCUUUGAUUUUAUUUUUCAGGUGUAAUUAAAUAUAGGAACUAAUUGAUGAAUUA